ACCUAUAGGCUACUCUUCCAGUUAGGCCAAUUGAAUAUGAAUCUGAUUUAGUCAGUUAUUGGACAAUAAUAAACCAUUUUCGAAUUUGGAUGAAGAUGUUAAGCUAGCACAUUUUUAUUGGAGUGGUCAGUAAUUGAUUUUGAAGCAAUUGUUGCACAGCGCUGCGUUGGACGCGCAGGUUUAAGGUGCAAUGGAUUCCCUGGGGACCAGCCUACUUUCAUGCUGGAGAGACCGGCUUGUCAAACCACAGGUUCAGUCGCACAUAGGCUGUGGUAAAGCAUACACCGGGGCUUAGGCAGCCGCUAAAUAGUUAUUGAAAUGAAACUGAAUGACUGAGUUGACAAAUAUUCCACAAUAAAUAUCAAAUAGUAUUAUUAGGAAUAAAUAUCAAAUAGUAUUAUUAGGCUAUUUCCAUAAACUCAGGAGCUAUGGAUCGACAUGGUAAAUGGAGUUUCAAACCGAAGAAGAUGGAAGUGGAAUUGGAGGAUGAUUUUUAUUUUGAUUAUGAUGCGUUAGAAAUAUCUGAUUAUCAAGACCCCAAUGAACUUUUAGCUGCUUUGAAACAAAAGGAGAAAGACGUCAUUUUGGCGGCCCAGCUGGGAAAUGCAUUGCUUUUGGAAAAUCGUCAGUUGAAGGACCAGAGCGACAAAUUUCAUGAACAGUAUGCAGACAAACUUGAGGAGCUGGAGCAGGGCAGGCACGAUCUUCAGGUGAAGCUGGAGGGGUGCCAGUCUGGGUGGGUGAGCCAGGUUGGGGACCUGGAGAAAGACGUGAGGGAUCUGAGUGGCCAGGUGGACAGGCUGACCCAGGCCCUGACCGACGCAGACAGGGACAAGACCAGGGCCCAGGAGGAACAUGCAGAACACACCCAGUGCCUCAGAGAACAGCUCAGCACAGUGAUGGAGGUGGAGAGGGCGAUGACCAGUGAGCUGCAGACCCUGAAACAGGAGCUUCAACAGAAAGGCCACCACAACAGACCACAGGAGGAGGAGCUGCUUAGUGCCAUGAGGGAGCAGGUGGUGCGUCUGUCCCAGAAGGAGCAGGCUCUAGAGGAGCAGCUGGAGAGUGUGUGUCAGGAGAACGCAGACCUACGCAACAGACUGGCCUCCCUACACACACGCUUAGCUCUACAGGACCAACACAACCAGCAGCAGAGCCAACAGCUGGCGGAGGCAUGGCAGGAGGCUGCGGCGGCGAGGGGGCGUUCCCAGCAGCUUCAGGUCCAGGUGGAGGAGCUGCAGGAGGAGGUCUACCUGCAGGACAGAAGUAACCAUGGAAACACAUCCCUACUGUCUGAGCUGGAGACCAGUCUAGACACCAUGGGCCUGGGCAAUGACAGAGAACAGAUGACCCAGGAGGUUCUGUCUAUCUUGGAGCUGCUGCGACCCCUGAUCCAGGUAGUGAAGACUCCAGAGAGAUCAGAGUUUACAGGUCAGGAGGAAGGAGACCUGCAGGCCAUGCUGCUCCAGUUACAUGGUGUGGCUCAGAAACUGGCCAACCACACCCAUAUCCCUCAGAUCUCCCAGCUGCAGGAAGAGAAUGCUGAGCUGAGGCUGAGGCUCGGAAACAGACAGGAUGAGGAAGAGGUGGCCCAACAGGCCAUCAGAGACAGAGAUGAAGCCAUAGCUAAGAAGAACCUGAUGGAGGCGGAGCUGAUGAGGAGUAAGAACGACAUGAUGUGUCUGAACAACCAGCUGCUGGAGGCUAUCCAACGCAAGCUGGAGCUGUCUCAGGAACUAGAGGCCUGGCAGGAUGAUAUUCAGAUCAUCAUCAACCAGCAGCUGAGGACCCAGCAGCAGUCGGAGCAGGUCCAAAGGAAGCCUGCCUCCAACCCCAUGUCCUUCUGGAGGAGACCCAACACAGCUUCCUCCACCAGGCCCCGCCGGCCCUCCUCCCCUGCCUCCUGGACCUCUGAGGCUGGGCAAGAGAAGACCCAGUCCCCCUGGAGAGACUGGCUCCGACCGGGCAAGGUGGCACAGCCUGGCAAAUAGUGAGCUGGUAUGUCUGUUGCCUCACUGUGGAGGACUGGCACAUAGCACAGAACUGUCUUGACCAGCUGCCCGUUGAAGAAGUCGAGUCGUCAAGGCAGGAACAAGCUGGUGGAACACUACUGAGUGGAACUAUCAGUCUUGGUAGAUAGAGUACCAAGCAGAACAGGACAGGCCGAACGCUCAGUUAUGUAGGAGACUUCAGUAGAGUAUUAGAAUUCAAGACCAUGGUGUGUUGGAAACAAGGACCAGAUAAGAGCCCUGAUGGACAAAGAGCUAUCAAUAAGUAGAGAGUAGUUUCCCCACUGUCACUGAGAAGAACCUAAGCACAUAAAAAGCAUGUUAGAGCGGUUAAAGACUAGCAUGGUAACUACUAGCAUGGCCAGGGAGUCACACACUAUUAUGGUGAGAGUCACGACAAGGAAAGAUGGUUAUAAGUUGUGCCUUCUUCUGCCUUAUAAUUAUGUUUUUUGUUGUGAAGUCGUUGAUGCCUGAGAUUGUGAAUGUAUGUGUGAAUGUCAAUGUUUGUAAGAAUACUGACAGUAUUUGCUCAGACUAUUUAUUUCAUCCAACCUUUAUUUAGGCAAUGUACAGACAGACUGGAGGGAAAUGAGUUGAUAGAUUGACUGGACUCUGACAAUAAGACAUAAUGAAGUUAGUAUUCACCUAUAAUCAUGUUGUAAAUAUUUAGCUAUUUAGAAACCCAGUAAGAUGAUAUCAGAUCUAAGUGGUAUUCCACUCACUACAGUCUGUUCAAAAGAUGUAACAAUAUUACAUGUUGCCUGCUGUCUAUGCAAAAUGGUUUCCAUUAUGUAUCCAGAGAAAACAGCCUUUAGUAGAAAAUAACCAAAUAUACAAUAGGUGCUAAUAAAUAAACCCAUGAUUUACAGUAUUUCAUGGGUUCUCAUGUGAAAUGUUAUGUGAACUAGAUACAAUAUGAUUUAUGUUCAAAAUGCAUUUCAUGCAUUGUAUUCUUACCUUAAGGGUCUUUUUGCCACAUAACUGAAGGGGACAUUUUGGGGGAAGGGUGCAAUAUAGAUAAACUCUAACUAGGAUGGCCAUAUAAGGUCAUACUUAUUUUGUUCACAGUGCCAGAACAAUCUUAUAUAUAUUUUUUUUAAUCUAAUGGACAGAAUGCUGUCCAUAUGUUGUCAACACAUGAAGUAAGUUCUGUUCUGUUGUUUAUCGACAUUUGGUAUUUGUUUAUUUACAUUUAGGUUUUAAUUGACAAAAUCAGUAUGUCCUCAGACUAUUUGAUUUAGUGAAAAACAGAACAAUGCUGAUUGAAUGACUGAAAACAUCUAGUACUUGCAACUCUUAUUGCAGAAGAAAUAAUGCAAAUAUUUUGAUUCAUAUUACUAAUUGUUGUAAUAUAUGAAUAUGAUCAAAGUGCAUGCAUGAUGUUGUGUAUCAUGAUGUAUGUAGUUUAUGUAUUCUAUAUGUAGAUGGCAUUUAUGUAUUAGUGAACUCAAUGUCCUUUACACUGAAAAUAAAGUCAUUUUUCAUACUUGA